AUGGCCGAUCUCAAUGUCAAGAUCGGACAAAGAGUCGAGACCCAGGACGGCAAGCAAGGCACCGUCCGCUACAUAGGUCAUCUACACGUUGCCUCUGGAGAAUGGCUGGGACUCGAACUAGCCGAUGACACAGGAAAGAACGAUGGUUCCGUCAAAGGGGAGCGGUACUUCAACUGCGCCCCCGGCCAUGGCAUCUUCGUCCGUAAGGAGUCGGCUGUGAAAAUCCUCAGUCAAGCAAGCACCAGUGCAAAGCUUAACGGAGGGUCGACUUCCAAUGGACCCGCAGUGAAGCCGAGACCGUCCAGCAUAGUUGCUGCGGAUGUUGCAAGAAAGCGGCAGAGUCUGAUGAGUGCCGGUUCCGGAACGACUACAGGCUCAAGGUCUAUGAGGGUAUCUUCUCCUAUCAAAUCUCCUACGAAGCCUGCCCCGUCUUCCGCCAGUUCAUCCACCUCGACUCCAAGAACUGGUACUCCGGCAACUACUGCACGUACCUCUGACUCGAGUACAAAAUCGAGGCUCAGUAUGGUUGGGAAAUCUACAAUGGCCGCACCCGCUUCGACACACCGGCCGAGCGUCUCAACGAGUAGACAGUCAAUAGGAGGUGGUCCUGUCAGGCCUCCUGGGACCAGACCGUCUUCAAUGCAACCACGGCCUUCCAUGACCGCUUCUAGAUUAUCCAUGACCGCCAAAGCUCUGCCUCGGACUGAGAAGAGCGAACCUAUUUCCGAUGCCCUUGAUGGGAAAACAGCACCUCCAAUCGCGGAAGAACGAUCAGCUCCAGCUCCCGCAUCAGACGAAGAAGAAGCUGAGGCCCCGGAGCCGUCGGUCAUAGAGGCUAGAGUUUCCGCAGCGACCACCUCACGUUCACAACCGCUUGCUAGUCAACGGAAUGGGUUUAGUUCUGCGGUCGAAGACAGAUCCCGGCAGGCACAGGUGAUCAAAGCGUUGGAGACGAAAGUCCGGACAUUGCAGAAGCAGAGACAAGAUGACCAAGCUCAAAUCCAAAACGUACAGGAACUUCAAAACCAGGCGGCACGGUACGAAGGAAUCAUACAAACUUUGCAGAAAAAGCUUAAAACCAAUCAACAAGACAUCCAAGAACUCAAAGCCAAGUACGAGGAUGCCGAGAGUCGUGCCGCCAAAGUGCCAGAUCGCAGUGCCGAACAUGACUCAGAAUUAGAGCUUGCGACUCUUGACAAGGAGAUGGCUGAAGAGCGUGCUGACAUGUUUGAGAGUGAACUGGAGGCACUGAAGCUCAAGCAUGAGGAGUUGGAGCUCGAGGCUGAAAUUCUGAGAGAAGAGAACCGGGAAUUGGCGUCGAUCAUGAGUCCUGAAGAGAAAGCCAGUGCUGGCUGGCUUCAGAUGGAACGCGAGACGGAGAGGUUACGACAGGCACUGGUCAUGCUGAGGGACGUGACGCAGCAAAAUGAGGGUGACUUGAAGAACGAGAUCAAGGAGCUUCACGAAACCAUUGAUGAGCUCGAGCAGACAGCCUCGAAGUAUGAAGAGGUUGCAGCGAAGCUCAGCAGAUCGGAAGAGACCAACCAGCAUCUCAGAGAACAGCUAGAGGCUGCGGAGGCAAACGACGAAAUCUUGGAUACCCUGGGACAAGAGCGUGACCAGCAUCGACACAUGAUUGAACAGUUGAAGAGGCAGGUUCAGGACCUCGAAGAACACAUCCAAGUGGCAGACGAACUCGAGGCAUUCCAUGUCGAAGAGGAGAAGCGGCUGCAUUACCAAUUGGAUGAAAGCGAGGCCCUGCUGCACGAUAGACAUCGACAAGCCGCCGAGCAGGAAAAGACAAUCGAAGACCUGGAAUACACACUGACCAAAUUCAGGGAUGUCGUGCAGGGUCUCCAGGGUGACAUUGACGAACUCCGACGUUCACGCGAGAUCAGCGAACUCGAGGCGAAUGAGAUGAGUAGCAAGUCCAGGGCGAUGAUGGAUCUGAACCUGAAGUUACAGAACUCGGCUGCCAAAACUCAACUGAAGGCGAUCGACCUAGAACUUGGGAAGAUGCGUGCUGAGCAGGCCAGUUUACAUCUGGAAAUCGUGCAGCACUUCGUUCCAGAUACAUUUGACAUCGACAAGAAACCCAUCCUCGCUCUUUUGUGUUUCAAACGGAUCCGGUCGAAGGCGCAGUUGUGCAAAGUCAUACUCGCGGAGCGAAUGCGGGACAGGGCCGAGCUGCACGAAAGUCCUAUGGCGGUAUUCGCCGUCAUGGAAAAGAUGAAUUUUAUUGCGAAUCUCUGCGAAAGAUUCGUGCAACACCUGUCGACAUGUUCAACGGACGACUUCAUGAGGUAUGCCGGUGCCCCGUUCGAGCUGGAGCCUGUAGAACAGGCAAUGACCAGCUGGGUGGAGGCCUUGCGCCGCGAUGAACUUGGUCAUGAAGGUGCUGAAUACCUUCAACGCAUGGCUGAUAUUCUGGUCGACAUGUCUGAGAAGUUUCUUCCGGACGCUCGCGAAACUAAAGCAAUGGAGAUGACCUCGUCCAUCUCAAUGGUUGAGAACUACACAGACAACAUGGCCAGUCGAGCACAAAUUUUGAGCAAAGCAGUGCAAGCCAAGUUAGGAGCGCCGAAAGACGACGACGAGGACUCGAUACUAUUUGAAAAGAGAAUGGAUCAGCUUGGUAUUAAAGCCCGAACGAUCAAAUACAUUUCUGGCAAGGUAAUGCAUGCAGUGAGCGACCUUUGGGCGCGCUCAAUGUGCCUCAGCGAGUCCAUGUGGAGUAAAUUCACCGAAGCUGAAUUGUGCGCCGAGGCCUUGUCUCAAUUGAUCCAAAGAGUUGGAGAAUCGGUAUUCGAGGAGCUCAACAAGAUGGAAAUGGACGAAGCUCUUUCGUAUUCAAGGAUCAUCACGCUCAUGACCGCGGCCGCAUCUAGCCAGCAACAAAAGAGUGAACUACAAGGAACUGCUUCAGAUGAUGUGUUUGAGAUCCUGUUGAAGCAAUUGCAGAUUUUGCAAGGAAAAGUUGACGACCUGAACGCCAAGUCAGCAGACAUAUCUUGCGCCAUCGAGUUCGAGAAAUUCCCCGCCCCCUGGACAGCUCGCGCCCGAGAAGUCAAGGCACAAAAAGCACUGUCGCAAGAUCUGCAGGAGGAGAUGACUCGACUGAAAUUGAGAAUUCAAGAACAGACCAUCCGGCUUAGUGAAAAAGACAAAGAACUCGAAGAACAGCAAGUCAAGGUCGAAUUGCUAGAGUCGAGGGCCAAGGAGACCAAGGUCAAGGACGAUGGUGUGAAAGAAAUGAAAGACGAGAUCAACAAGCUUCGCGCGGAGAAUGCGGCCGCCGUUGAGAACUUGCAGCGACUCGAGAGAGAAUACCAGACGCUCCUCGAGUCCCAGGAGAGUCAAAAGAUGGAACUCGAGGCAAUCAAACACAAGAGAAUCGCAGACGGACAGGGGCUACCCCUCGGCCCCGCGGACGAGUCGGCAAGGCUACGCCUCAAGGCGGCAGUAGAUCAGCUCAAACUGGAGAUAACCAGUCUACAGGCAGCUGUUCGCUUCCUCAAAUCGGAGAAUCGACAGCUCAGGAUCCCGGUGGGCGCUAUUGCGCAAAGCGCUGUCGAGCAUGCAUGGCUUGAUCCCCACCAUCUCAAGGGGCCACCGGCGACAGACGUCAAGACUCAACAACUGCGGACGGGAUCGAGGGAAGUUUUUGCGAGUCUGAUGGACAUGGCCAAGGCGGCAAAGCCUGUCAAACUCAAGCGCCCAGCUGUUAGCCGUCAAGACGCGGCUGGGAAGGUGUCGUACUGGCGAGCACAAACAGACACCACGUUGUAUCAAGUGCUCCAGCGGAAAGAGGAGCUGGAGCGUUGGAAUGGGAUGAAGGACGACUUGCUUCAGACAGCGAGGGUCGUGGCUCGUUCGGGGCAUGUCUCUAAGCCCAAAGUGCCUACGCAGAGAUACCUCUCAGCCUCCAACGUUAGCGCCGCUAAGGUGGCUGAUUUGGAAGAUGGGAAUCUGAAACUCGGAGUUCGAGUUGAUGGAAUCUGUAUAGUAUGA